CGCUCACCGGGGGUAGGGCCCCAAGCUCGCUGUGAGGGCCGCGUCGCCGGCGCCUCCGCGCGCUAGCCGCCGGUGUAUGGUGGAGCGCGCCAGGCGGGGGGCGGGGAGGCAGGUGGCGUCGCGCAGGUGCGGCCCGCGCCCGGCCCGGGGCCGCAUUCGCAGCGCGCGGAGGCGCGGGCACGCCGCGGCGCGCGCCCGCCCGCCUCGACGCGCUCAUGGAGCCGCCGUGGGAGCUCGAGCUGGAGUUGCGACGGCACAUCGAGAACUGUGCCUGUACCUGCGACCACAUGGGCUACGGGAACUACAUGGACUACCAGGUGGCGCCGGCGGCGCACGCCUGCCUGUGCCGCGCGAUCACCUCGCCGCACGCCCACGCCGCGGUGCCAGAAGGUAUGACAUUUCCGGGUCCGCUGCCGGAUGUAGCCGAGAGGUGCGGGCGCUGGGCGCCUGACUCGCUAUCGGCGUCGGCAUCAGGCAGCUCGGACGAGAAGACUGUCCCGCGCCGGCCGCGCUGGCGCAUCGCUUUAGCGGCACUGGUCGUGCUGGCCGCGCUCGGUGCCGCAUUAGCGCUACCGCUGGCGCUCGGCGGUGGUGGCCGUGCCACUCCAGAACAACGACUAACCACUAUACGUCGCAUGCUGCGAGACUCGCCACUAGUUGACGGACAUAAUGACUUAGCAUGGAAUGUUCGAAAGUUUUUACAUAAUAAAAUUGGUGAUUUUAAUUUGAGUGCCGGUCUAGAUGGAAUUGAACCUUGGGCGCGGUCGCGCUGGUCGCACACAGAUAUCCCGCGCUUGAGGCUCGGCCAAGUUGGUGCCCAGUUUUGGUCAGCAUACGUGCCAUGUGGAGCUAGAGAUCGUGACGCAGUUCAACUAGCACUCGAACAAAUGGACGUUAUCAAGCGUAUUGUAGAACUGAAUGCGGCGCAUUUGGCGCUUGUUACCGACGCCGGGGAACUUUUGGAUGCUCAUCGUGAUGGUCGCAUAGCGUCUCUUAUAGGCGUAGAAGGUGGACACGCCCUUGGAGAUUCGCUAGCCGUUCUUCGAGCCUUCUAUCAGCUCGGUGCUCGUUAUCUUACGGUGACACACACUUGUGAUACAAGAUGGGCACGAGCUGCAGGCACGGCAGGAGGACUCAGCGAAUUCGGAAGGGCUGUAGUCAGGGAAAUGAAUCGACUUGGUAUGAUAGUAGACUUGUCGCAUGCGGGGGAAGAGACAGCACGCGACGCUUUAGAAAUGUCACAAGCGCCUGUAGUAUUUUCGCAUUCAGGAGCAGCAGCUCUCUGCAACUCGAGUAGAAACGUUCCGGAUGACUUACUUCGCAUGAUUGCCGCAAACGGUGGCGUCGUUAUGAUAAAUUUCUAUGCAAAACUAGUAACUUGUGGUGAGCGAGCCACUCUAGAAGAUGUGGUGGCGCACAUAAACCAUGUACGGAGGGUCGCUGGCGUGGAGCACGUCGGCUUGGGUGCUGGGUACGACGGCAUAGACGCGCCGCCCGAGGGGCUGGAAGACGUGUCGCGGUAUCCGCACUUGCUCGCUGAGCUGCUGCGCGACCCGGACUGGAGCGAGGAGGACGUGCGCAAGCUGGCCGGCAUGAAUGUGGUACGCGUGUUGCAGCACGUAGAGCGUGUGCGCGACCAGUGGCGGCGUGCUGCCGUGCUCCCGGGCGAGGAGACGGCGGGAGCGCGUCGUGGCGACUGCGUGUAUGGGCCGGCGUGACGUAGGCUACGAGCCGCGCGCUCCCGCGGCCCCCCUCGUACUGCUCAAUAUUGACACUUGUUGAACGUAGUUAUACAUGUAUAUUAGUGUCCAAAUGUGAUUUAGCGAUUAAAGUAAUCUCUACCUGACCUCGAUGCACAAAUUGUUUAGCUAAGGAGCCGCGCGUGCUGGGCGCUUCGUCUCGGCGUCGCGCGUGUCGGCUGCGGUUUGCCCGCUGAACUCUUCUCCAUCCAUGCACUCGACUUCGUUGACGAAAGCCCAAUGCGAUCCGCGAUUUAUAAAAAUGUCAACAAUUGAUGAUAUAAAAGAAUAAUGUGUUUAUAGAAAAAUAAAUAUUCUUUAUUUAUAAUAAACGUUAUUUU